AUGUCAUUUUCGAUUAGCUCGAUGCCUCUUCUCGCACUCUCACUUCUUGUCAUAGGGACAUUGAGGUAUGCUGCCUGUGCUGGUUUCCCAAAUACAUCCUGCAUCGAGGCCGAGAGGGAGGCUCUUCUGAAAUUCAAGCAGGGUUUAGUCGACAGCUCCGGUCGCCUCUCAUCAUGGACUGGAGACGACUGCUGUUCGUGGAUGGGAGUUGGAUGCAGUAAGACAACAGGCCACGUCUCGACGCUCGACCUUCGAAGUCCAUGUGUUAUGUCCGACAUCCAUUAUGAUUUGAUGAUCGACCCGGUAUUGGAGUACGGGGACUGCAGUUUGACAGGUAAGGUACAUCCUUCUCUAAUCGAGCUGCGGCACUUGACGUACCUUGACCUAAGCUGGAACAACUUUUCUCAUACUGAAAUUCCCGCAUUCCUUGGUUCCCUCCGAGAUUUGGUCUAUCUCAACCUCUCCAAUGCAUGUUUUACUGGGAAGGUUCCACUUCACCUUGGUAACCUUUCUAAUCUGCAGUAUCUUGAUCUGAAUACCAUUCUCGGGUACGACUAUAGUUCCAGUGCCGUAACUGUCGAUAACCUGGAAUGGCUAUCAAACUUGUCGUUUUUGAAACACCUUGAUCUGUCCGGCGUCACUGUCAGGAACGGCCAAGGUUGGCUGCAGUCAGUGGGCAUGCUUCCUUCUCUUCAGCACUUGGGGUUAGCGGCCUGUUUUCUUCCAAACGUUGCUCCCACUGUGCAUGUUAACUUCACUUCGCUCGAGUUCCUCGACCUGAGUGACAAUGCUUUGGGUUCCACAGUUCCUUUUUGGCUGCUCAACCUAACCUCCAUCAGACAUCUCGAUCUUUCUUCUAGUUUUCAAGGAGACCUCUUCUUUCCCGCUGAGAUUAUCAAUAAUAACAAACAGCUCGCUUUCCUUCAUCUGUAUAACAAUCCAAUGCAAGGCGAACUGCCAAAGAAUCUCAGCAGCCUCUGCGACUUGUUUGCUCUGAGGUUGUCCUUUAACUACUUCACCGGAGAUAUUGCUACCAUACUGGCCAAUCCUUCCAGCUGCUUUCAAGAUAAACUGAGAUUCUUAGAUCUAGGCUGGAACAAUUUCAGCGGUAAUUUGGGCAAUGAAAUCGAGCACUUCAAGAGUCUAGAGUACAUCGACCUUGCCAGCAACUCCAUCGAGGGUCCAAUUCCAGAAUCUCUAGUUCAGCUAUCCUCUUUGAAGUAUUUGAAUCUUAUGUAUAACAAGUUGACUGGUAGUAUUCCAGAAGGAAUUGGACUGUUGUCGAAUCUAGUCGGCUUAGAGUUAUCCUACAAUCUCUUGAGUGGAGUACUGAACGAACAUCACUUGGCUAAUCUCACGAGCUUAUCUUUACUGGAGAUAUCAUCAAAUGAUUUGGCAGUUGAUAUCAACCCUACAUGGGUUCCUCCAUUUCAACUUAACUUGUCCAAUAGCAGCAUAUCGGAUGCCAUCCCUGACUGGUUUUACAGCAGUUCUUCAACAAUUCAAGGUCUGGAUUUGUCGAAAAAUGAGUUGAUUGGACAAAUUCACGAAAGAUUUGGUGAUAUGAUGCCAAAAUUACGCGACAUAACUCUUACAAGAAAUCACUUAAAUGGCAGCAUUCCCAUUUCUCUGUGCAAGAUGAAAGACUUGUUCGCGCUUGACCUCUCAAACAACCAGCUAUCCGGAACACUCCCCGACUGUUGGAAGAGCUUAGGACAACUAGAUGGAAUAAACUUGGGAAACAACAAUCUCAGUGGCCAGAUUCCAACUUCCUUGUGCUCCCCACCGCUCACAUUUCUGGGACUACCCGAUAAUGACUUCCAUGGGAUUCUUCCAAGAUGCUUGAGCAAUAUGACUUCCUUGCGUGUGCUUGAUCUGAGUCGAAAUGAAUUUUCUGGUCGGAUUCCCUCCUGGAUUGGUCAAAUGUUUCAGUUAAGUGUGCUGAAUCUUGAGUCCAAUACCUUCAAUGGGGAAAUUCCUAGGGAAAUAUGCCAACUUGCAAAUGUCCGGGUUUUAAGCCUAGCACAGAACAAGCUUUCAGGAGUCAUUCCACUCUGCUUUGACAACUUAACCAUCUUGGCUGACCCAAAAUCUGCCAUUUUUGGGUUUUACGGGUUCGGAGUUGAGGUGAACACUAAGAGCAUAACCCAAUUAUACACCACCACACUUCAAUAUCUGUUCUCUGUUGACCUUUCAAACAAUGGGUUAAAUGGCCAUAUUGUAGGAGGGUUGAUGCAGCUCUACAACCUUCAAAAUCUGAACUUAUCAGGGAAUAACUUCGAAGGAAGAAUCCCUUCAGAGAUUGCUAAUCUGAAGAUGCUGGAGUCUCUUGAUUUAUCGGUCAACCAAUUCUCGGGUCCCAUUCCACAGAGCUUAUCUGAGUUAAACUUCCUAAGUUAUCUGAACCUGUCCUUCAAUCAACUGUCUGGUAGGAUUCCCUCAGGUGCCCAGCUAAGUACAUUAAAAGGAGACUCCUAUCUCGGAAAUGAUGGACUGUGUGGGCCUCCGCUUUCGAAGAAUUGCCCAGGAGAUCAUGAGCAGCCUGAUAUUCAUAAACAGAUUGAUGAUGAUUCAGAAAGCGAAGAUGAGUUCUAUACUCGUUGGUUAUACGCAGGCAUUGCACCGGGUUUUGCCACGGGAUUCUUAGUGGUCUGUGGCUCAUUAUAUUUCAAGCGCUCUUGGAGGCAGUCCUUCUUUCGUUGGUCAGACAAAAUUCUCACACAGCUGCUAGUGAUGGUAGAGAUUAAUAUAGCUCGGCUACGGAAGGCUUCCUGAAAAUGCAAAAACAAUCAAAUCGGCAAUAAAAAUGAUGUCCAAAGUGAAGAGAUGGUUUCAUGCGGAAGGAAUUCUGACCCGUGGAAGAUUCCAGCAACUGCACAGUGGGAUAAUCAUCAUGAUGUAAUAUUGUUUAAGGUUUUCUGUAUAAGUGAGCAAGUGGGAGCUUCUCUCGUGUUCUAUUGAUGUAUAAGUGUCAAUAACCUCGACUUCCUUUCCAAUAAUCAAGCUCCAAUUGAGGUUUGGUGCACUGGUAGUCGAGUGGCUCUGACUUUGGUGGCUUUUGAUUGGUUCUGCUCUUCAUGCUCUGCUCAAAGCAGCCUUUAUAUAUCACAGCAAGGCUCAUGCAGUGUGAUUAGCUGAGCAUAAUGGCCCGAGAGAAUGCAAUAAAACAGUUCUUUCGUGUA